AUGGACGACGAUCCGUCGACUAGUGAGCCAAUUGCAGAUGGACAAUUCAAUUUAGUACUUUGCGUCGUAAGUUCAGCAGUGGCUGGCAUUGGAAUCGGACUUUUUGGCUGCCUAUUGUCUGCAGCUGAUCACAUGAAGCGAAGGAAUUCUGGAGUGCACACCAGUAUAGGCCGCACGUUCCAAAUAUGCGGCAUUUGUGGUUCCAUCGUCUUCGGUCUGGCUUCCUUGGUGGGUUUAAUCUUCGGCUCGGUGAGUCUUGCCACAGUGGUGCGAGCUGGCAGCACCUUGCCCUCGAAUGCAAUUUUUAGCCAACUCCUUGGAUUGCGGCCGUUGGUCAGAGAUGAUGUGCUGGGAACUCUGGUCACCAUCUCAGGAAUUGUAAGUUUCACCAUCUUCCAGGGCUGGGCCUUUUAUCAGCACAGUCGUGAGGAGUAUUUGCUCCGAAUCUCCAGUCCUGGGUCCCUCAUUUGGCUCUGUUUCCUGGUCAUUUCCCAGGCAGUCUCAGUUGGUUGGCUUUGCUUGCGCAGCUGCCCGCCACGGGACCGUUCCGAAGAUGCGGCUUCGGCACGGCGACGGGCGGUGGCCACCACCAUGAUCUGCUCCUGCUCAUCGGCCUUUAUGGACCUGGCAGCGAAGGGAUGGUCCUCAUUCAAAGUGCACGGUGACCUUGGAAACCUGGGAGGCAUGAGCCUUGGCUUUUCAUCACCAGUCUUUUGGGUCGCACUAUCGCUGAACGUGAUCUUCCUGGUGAUCUUGCGAUGGGGCACUAUUUAUGGCUGCCGCAAAUGCGAUGUCUUGAUUUUUGUUCCUUUGAAUACCACUGCCAAUAUCAUUAUAAGUGUAGCCAGCGGGAUGAUCUGCCUGGCAGAGUACACAUCUGUGAAGUCAUGGCCUGGUCUGGUCGCCGCAGGGCUCUCAAUGCUCACUGGCAUUUUCAUGUUAGUCACCGGUCCAGCGGACACCGGUUCAGUGGGCUCCCAGGCCAGCUUCAGCGAUGGCACGGAAACAAAAAGCCGUGAUGCAACGCCAAUGUCUAGUCAAGGAGAAGCUGAACACUCCGAGGAGUCAUCUUGCACAGAUCCGGUCACGCCGGCCAAAUUGCGCACCUCAGCAUCCUCGGCACACAGCUUUGUAUAUUUAAACCGCAUCCACCGUCGUGCAGCCCGCACUCGCAGUGCCAUCGUGGCAACGCAUGGACGGGGAGACAGGACACCGGAAAGGAGCCCUGUCACUGAUGUUUGA